CAAGACGAAGAACGAAAAAGCUGGGAAGCUGCACGUAUUCUGACCACGAUCAUGCGUAUCUAUUCAAUCAUCAGUGCACUUGCUUGUGUGUUCGGCGUAUAUGGUGUUGUGAAGUCCAACUUGCUUGCAACAAGGUUGUUCUUCGUCUCUUCGUUUAUCGACCUUUUCUUAUUCACGCUUUCGGUCAUGUCGCUGUGCGUUAUCGUCACUUACCCGGAAGUUAGGGCAAUGUUGUGCGAACAAAUUUCGUCAGGAGAGUUGCAUUCACUCUUGAACUAUAUGCGCGUUACAGAUUCAUCUUCUUCAUUUGAUUCAAGCACGACAAAAGCUUCCGUUACCCUUUCUGAUUCAGCAAACACAGUUCUUCCAGCGGCAAAUUUUAUCUCUCGAAGCGCUUCAGCAUUUUGGAAACGUGCUUCAGUAUCCGAUGGCAGCAAUGGAAAUUCUUCUGGUCAUGUGUAUUGGUGGGAUAUGCUAUUUGACGAUAUGCUGGAAAAUGAAAGUUGCGAUGACAUCUUCCUUUCGGUUCUGGUACCGAUCGGCUUGUUUGCUUGUUUAGCUUAUAUUGCCGUCCGUAUUCAUUUCUUGAUCGUCAUUCGCGCUUAUUAUACAUCCCUCAUUCGU